UUCACACACGCUCUGCUGAGCAGCGAAGCAUAGCGACACCAUGGACGGGUUUCAAGAGGUAGACGCGGAGUAUGAGGAUCGGAUGCGCACGUUCGAGAGCGACUGCAACGACGGCAAGGGGAACGCGGUCGCGUGCCACCAGGUGGGCGAGUACCUGUCGGUGGUGAAGAACGACUUCGACAAGGCCGGAAGGAUCUUCGAGGCGAACUGCAACACCCGAAACCACGCGCCGUCGUGCUUCAACCUCGGGCGAUUCUUACUGGCCGGCAAAGGGUUGCCGCAGUCGGACGCGCAAGCCGAGAAAGUCUUUGAUUCGGCAUGCGGGAAGGACCACCAGCCGGCAUGCUUGCACCUGGGCUUCAUGCACUUGUACGGCGGAGAGGGGUUCAAAAGGGACAUCAAGAAGGCGAUAGAGGUUCUCGACACGUCCUGCAGCGGCGGCCUGGCGGACUCCUGCAACAUGCUGGCGAAGCAGCUCCUCCGCCACGACGGCAAGGGGCCGGUGCCAAGAGAUCCCCCCCGGGCCAGGGGGCUGCUGGAGAAGGGCUGUUCUCACAACCACGGGCCGUCGUGCUUCAACCUCACGGUCAUGCUCAAGAAGGGGGACGAGGGGGUGCCUAGCGACUACAAGAAGUAUAGAGAGUACAGGGAGAAGACGGAGAGCCUCGCGGCGCAACUCCAGGGCAUCGACGGCAAUAAACAGGCGUAGAGGCACGUGCCGAGUCGUUCCGAUGAAUACCUUGUACAACUCGUGGUAUGGUGCUGUGCCACCGCCCGCGUUAAGUUGGCUGGUAACUCUUUUUGUUGUAUCAGGCAUGGAUUG